AUGAUCCGACACCCCAGUAGUGUGAUUAUCGCGGGUCCGUCGGGCAGUGGCAAGAGCGAGUUAGUGGAACAAUGGUUACGGGACCUCCAAGUGUUUCAAGUCAAACCCCACAAGAUCGUCUAUGCGUACGACCGAUGGCAACCCCGGUUUGAGCGUAUGCAAAAGAACGAUGGGAUUCAAUUUCAUCGCGGAUUACCGGACCCCCGUCAUUUGACCCAAUGGUUUGGUCGGACGCGCGGCGGGGUGCUCGUCUUUGACGAUUUGAUGGAAGAAGGGGGACAGGACAAACGCGUGUUGGAUUUGUUCACCAAAGAUUCCCAUCAUCGCAACAUCACCGUGUUGUAUUCGACGCAAGAUUUAUUCCCACCGGGCAAAUUUUCCAAGACCAUCAAUCGCAACGCGCAUUACAUUGUGGCCUUCAAGAAUCCCCGGGAUCAAACGGGCAUACGCACCAUUUUACUGCAAGCCUUUCCCGACCGAUGGCGUCAAGUCUUGCGCCUAUUUAAACGCAUCACGUCCCGUCCCUUUGGCUAUUUGAUGUUGGAUGUGCAUCCGGCGUCGGAUGAUCGGUACCGCUUGUGGAGUCAUUUAACGCGCCGAGAAGGCAAGGCGCAAGUCCAUACCUUGCCCGUGGAUCUC